GAGAGCCAUGGAAAGAGGCUUUCCAUUUCCGCUGGCAACUGGGCGGAAGUAGAAGGCGCUCCUGAGCCGGCAUGGCGGCGUCUUGGUCCUGGUGUCUCCUCCUGUGUUCGCUGGCUGCCUGGGGCAGUGCGGCGCCGUUAGACGAGGGAGAAAGCCAGGGGAAGACGGCGGGGGCGAAUACUCCAGAGUUCUCCAGUGAUCACUCACAGUUAACGGACUUGACUCAAGGUGCUUCAGACCCAGGCAGAAGUUCUGCAGACAAUAAACCACUUCAAGUUGUACAAAGUAACUUACAAAAUAUCCAGCCAGAGGCACCCCAGCAAGGUUCUGAUAAAGCGAAGGAAACAGCGAAUCCAUCCAUUAAUCACAAAGGUUCCCAGCUAGGUGCUAUUGAAUCCAACAAAGCUCAGGAAGACAUAGAUAAAUCUCAAGGAGAUCAGACAGACAUAUCUGAUACAUCUUCUCUUCCAAAGUCAAAAAAUAAGGAAUCAGAAGAGGGAGAAGACCCAUUAACUAAGAUCCAGAAUAUCCAGCCUGGUCCUUCUGCUCAAGGCGCUUCUUCAAAAUUAGAUCUUGUUCAGUCUAAAAAGAUUCAGAAAGGGAUAGACCAUUCAGAAGUCACUAACACAAUUGUUAAGAAACCAAAACAAUCACAGGAAUCAUCAGCAAAAGAACAGACUCCCCAGUCAGGUCUGUCUGCUCAACAGUCUAAUCCUGCAAGGUUAGGUGCUAGUAAAGCCACCAAAGCUCCGCCAGACAUAGAUAAAUCUGAAGAAGCUCAGACAGACACAUCUGGUACAUCUCUUCCAAAGUCAAAAACUAAGGAAUCAAAGGAGGGAGAGGACCCAUCAAUUAAAGGCCCGAACACUCAGUCUGGUGUUUCUGCUCAAGACUCUUCAAAAUUAAAUCCUGUUCAAACUGGAAACACUCCGGAAAAGAAAGAUCACCCAGAAGAAUCUAAGACAGGUGUUUCUCAUCCAGAUUUAAACGUUAAGGAAUCAGAACAAUCAAAAGACCAGAAUCCCCAGUCAGUUUUUCAAGAACCUGCUUCUGGAAAGAUAGAUUCUUCUGAAGCCACCAACGUUCAGGAAGGCAUAUCUGAUAAAUCUAUUCCAAAGUUAAAAACUAAGGAAUCAAAGGAGGGAGAGGACCCAUUAAUUAAAGGCCUGAAUGCUCAAUCCAGGGCUUCUGCUCAAGAAUCUUCAAAAUUAGAUCUUGCUCAUCCCAAAAAUGAAGAAUCUAAGACAGACUUUUCUGAACCAGAGACAAAUGAUGAGUCAAAACAAAUGGAAGACUCAUUCCCAAAAGACCAGGAUCUUCAAUCAGGUCUCUCUGUUCCUCAAAAGUUAAAUCCUGUGGAAUCCAAAAACACUGAGGAAGAGAUAGUUGAUACUGGAGAUGAACAAGAAAAAGGGUUGGGUGAUGAAAAGAAAAAGAGUGCAAAGCAUGAGGAGGAUUUGGAGGGGACACCCAGGAACGGAUCUGAAAAUAGCCACUUCUUUGCCUACUUGGUGACCACAGCUAUUAUUGUUGCUGCACUAUACAUUGCAUAUCAUAAUAAACGGAAAAUUAUUGCUUUUGCUCUAGAAGGAAAAAAAUCAAAGAUAACCCGAAGGCCCAAAUCCAGCGACUAUCAGCGACUGGAUCAAAAGAUCUAAACCCAGACCUUUCUGCACGCUCUUGUGUUGCAUGAGGACUCGUUUUGAAAACGGCACAUAGAAAUACGGGCGAUGUCCAGCCUUUUGUCAGUACAGCCUCAGAGCCUGUUGGCUGUGUUAUUGUGCCCAUCGGGGGGGUGGGGGGAACGUAAGUGCUUUUAAUUGUGCACAUGCACUUUGCCCAUUGCCAUGCCUCGUUCCCUCUUUCAAAGCCCUGGACUGUUAAUUCCCCUUUCAAUUAUUUUCCUGCAUUUUUCCUGUUUUUCUCCUGCAUUGUGACGAAGAACCAAUCACUAGACAGUGGCUCUGUGACUUUCCUCUAAAUGAUGCGGUACUUACUAUCUGUGAAAUUGAUCCUAAGGAACGUUAAAUGAGCAGGCUGACUUUGUCCCCUCGAUUCUGGAUGUUAGAAUCAUAGUCAACAUUGUGAGCUUGGAGCAGAGUUUAUGAAGAUUGAUUCUUGUUCCUAAAGUGCCCUCUUCCGCUGAGGCACGUAUUGCCUGAUGCACUGGUUGAGCAUCUCCUGUCUUAGACGGCAAUAUUGAGAAGUGAAUAUCCUGUACUUCCUAUCUUAAGUGUCAAUGUUUGUGAAAUACCUGAGUUUUAAUGUUUGGCUUAAUAUGGGCCAAGUCUUGGGUUGAUCACUUAGAUCAGUUGCUCCUUUUCUGAUGCUAAAACUGCGGGUAAACAUUUGAAGAAACGUUGACUUCAGUAUUUGUCACCCCACCAUGCUCUGAAUGCCUAAUUCAAACAUUCUUCAUGAAUUAAGAUCUUUCCGAUCCUUACCGCCACAUUCCCAUGAUUGACCUCAGAAGGUUGGGGCCGUUGUAAUCCAUUGUAAAUUGCACAAACUACCCAAUGGCAAUAGGAUCUAUUCAGAAUCAAAGUCUACCAUCUGGCAGGAGACAGCCACUCACUUUUCAAUCCAAGAAAGGAACUGCUUGGGUAAAUCUUUCAUUGGCCCAUUCCACCCAUAGCCAUUUCAUUGGCCCAUUCCACAAAAAUAGGAAUAGAUCAAUGGCACCAUUUAUAGAGAGGUGGCAGAAGAUGGCAGUUGAAGAGUAGGUGUGCGUAUAUCCCCCCUCCCCAAUCUGAACUCAGCACUGGUGUUUCUAUAAUUGCAUAGGUAGUCCUGUAAUGUGAAGCAGCUUUUUCACAUCGUUGCUAGCUUGAAUUUGUCCUGUGGCCGUCAUAUUUUUUAAGUUGAUGUUCUGAAUGGCACGAGAAAGCUAAACUUAAGGUCUGUUUGAGGAUUACUUUGAUUUUAGUUUCCACUUUCAUUUAGUGGGCUUAAUAUCACCCUUGGUGAGAAGCCACGUUGCUUUUAGCCUUCAUCAAAGGAUAGGACAUUCAAUCUGGGUCCCCUGUCCACCUGGAAGAAUCUUAGUGCACUUUUGUUCCUUAACUUCUGCGGGUGGUCACAGAAUGAGACAGUCAGUUAAGCUUUAUCUGUUGAGGUAAGCCAAAGCAUUUCUGUAUAAAAUACUUCCUGCUGAUAGAAAUGUCUCCACCCCACCCCAAAAAUUUUGGGGCAAUUUCUUACCAGCUGUUUGGAACUCAAAGUUUAAGUAGUUAGAAUUACAGAGAAGUAGUCAAACUGAUCCUCUUCUAUCAUCCAGCAGUUUGGUGUGCAACCUCAUUCUGGCUCUGAAUAGAUUUAAGUCAGGAAAAUCACCUUAGGGUUGGGUGUCCUUUAAAUGACGUAAAUAGGGGAAGUCCAUUGGUAUCUUUGGAAACCCAGCUGCCAGCUUUUGUAUGUGAUUAAUGUGUAACCUUACAAAUGACAAAAAGUCAGGUGAUCAGUAGUGGGACAUUUCCAGGCCAUAAAAUGGCCUUUCUUACCUUGGAACUAGCACAUGACUGUCAAUCCUAACAUAAAAUAUAAUUUUCUGGAGUGCAAUAGAAACUUUGGAUCGAAGUUGUGACACAGGUGGAUGACUUCUGUCGUGCAUGACAUGAAAAGUUUUGCCAUUUUCUUAGUUAUGAAGGAGUUGUUAGAACCUAAUAAAUUUUGUGGCAUUUUGAUUUUAGGCAUGAGGUUCAAGUUUAAAUAGCUUGCUUCAUAUUCUUUUAUAUUCAGGUUAUAAUUUUUUUUUUUAAUCAGUUCAGUUGAGUUUCAUUGCUGGAUUGUUCUCUUCCAAAUGUCGAAAUCAGCUCUCUUCCCUGUUUGAAACCAGAAGUAUGUGUGUUUUUUGGAAUUGGCCAGCUUUUAAAAAAAAUACCUUAAAUGUUCAGAUUUAUUUUUUAAUCUUUGUAAUCUUAGUGAACAAAUAAUAAAUGGCUACACCACCA